AUGUUUUACGAUGAUUUGGAAUAUUCCUCUUCAUUACUUCAAACACCAAUCGAUAAAAAAGAUUUUUGUACAACAUUGAAUGGAAAUAUGCAUGGAACAAUGAGAGAUAAUAAAGAACGAAAUUUGAAUGAAAAUAAUUUGGAAAUGAGAAAUAAUUUGAAAAAUAAUCAUUGUAUUAAAUACAAUGAUUAUUACACACCAACUAUUUUACAAUAUCAAUGCAAUCAUAUCGAUCAAAAGCUAAAUUGUUUCAAUCGUAUAAUUCGUCCAUGUGUAGCAGAAUUUAUUGCUGUUUUUUUAUGUAUUUUUAUUGGAAAAAUAAUGGAAAUUGAAUUGCGAACACAUUUGAUAUCAUUCAGUACUGAACGAAUUAUACUUCAAUCUUUUACUGAUUCAGUGGUUGUAUUUGCUAUGAUUAUGGCUUUUCAAACUGUACAUUUGAAUCCAGUGAUUACCUUGGCUGAAUUUUUUGCACUCACUACUGCUUGGCCAAUGUGUUGUGCCAUGAUUGUUAUGCAAAUUCUUGGCUCUGUAACUGCUAUUGCUACUUUUGUGAUAACUCGAUCAGGUGGUUCAGAAUUGCAAAUGCCAACAAUUAUAUCUGAUAUUACCAUUGGUGACAUCGGUGCUGCAUACCAUUUAAUUCUUUCUCAAUUUAUCGGUACUUUGCUAAUUAUCAUUACUCAUCUUCUCAUAACUAAACGAACAGGUUCCGGGUUGACAGCUUUAGCAAAGCCUGGUGACACUCCUCUCUCAGUUGUUGCCGCUGUAUUUGUUUCAUCGCUACUAUGCUUACUGAAUUCAACCAUUGGAUGGAAUCCUUUAGUUGCAUUUGCAUUAGCUAGCUAUGGUAGCAUUGAAAACAAUUUUGGACUCUUACGAAUGCAAGGAAUAUUCUGGAUUGGACCUUGUUUAGCUUCCCUUUUUGCAUGUUUCCUAUAUAGGUUAUUGUUCGCUACCAAAGAAUCUCGUUUGAUAAAGUGUACCACAUGGUGUGAUAAUGAUCACUUAUAG